UUUGUUUGCGGCACUUGCAACGUGGUUAAAUCAUAGAAGUGCUAAAGGUUUGAGGUGUUAUGAGGGAAUAACAUACAAAUGAAAGGAGAAGGAGAAAUAAGGACGAUAUGUCUCGUUUGACAGGAAAGGAGAAGCAAACCACACCAGAGCAUCCUCCAACUACCCACGUUGUCGAGAAAACUGACUGACUGAAAAGAAGUCGCCUACCUCCCACACCCAAAGACAAUAACUCAUCUCACACACCCAAAAAAAGAAAUAGAUAACUGUCGCUGUGUAGGGUAUAGGCUUACAAGAAAUCGCAUUUGUGAAGCGCAUUAUAUCGCAACUCAUCGGCAAGCUCUAUGCUCUUUAGAAUCAAUAUCAUUACCCCCAGCAGACUCUGGAACUCUCAUAAACAUUCUCAGCUUCCCGGAAAGCAUACGGUACAAGGAGCUGAUUGAGCGGUCAAACACUAACAAACUGGCCAGAGAUCUUUCGCUGUCUGAGGCCGGGUACCCAUUCCCACCAGGGUGAAGUAGGGGAAAGUCGUGGAAAUUAACGUUCUUAUAGGACACAACAUCGGGUCUCUGACGGUAUUUCGAACCCACGACCUUACGGUUGUGAUCAGUCCGAGAGCCUAACCUCUUGGCCACCGACGACACUGGAGAGUGUGGAUUUUGUUAAAUAGUGUGGUCGGUGAGAUCGGAUUGUGUUAAGUAGUGAGGUUGGAUCGUGUUAAGUGGGGAAUUGGUUGUGUUUAUUAAUGAGUGUGGAUUGUGUUAACCUUCAGAGCGUGGAUUGUGUUAACAGAGAGUGCGGAUUCUGUUAACAACUGAGCUAACCGGAGAGCGUGGAUUUUGUUAACGAUUGCGUUAACUAGAGGGUGCGGAUUCUGUUAACUGCAGAGCACGGAUUUUGUUAACGAUUGUCUUAACUAGAGAGCGUGAAUUGUUUUAUAUUAGACAGCGUAGAUUUGGGCUAACUAGAUUGGAUUGUAUAAACCUCUAAGGUGUGUGGAUUGUCUUAACUCGAGAGCGUGGACUGUGUUAACGAUUGUGUUAACUAGAGAGCGUGGAUUGUAUAAAACUGUAAGGUGUGCGGAUUGAGUUAACCGUCGUGUUAACGAAAGAGUGCGGAUUGCGUUAACUCCCAAGUGUUGUGACGAGAUGGCCCAGGAUUCUGUGUGCCUGGACGCGGCGCCAAAAGUCCCCCUGAGGCUGAACAAAAGGAGUAACUUCCAACUGAUGCGUACAUGGUCGUUCCCGGGCAAAGCGGUGACCUUUGACCCGCUCAGGAACAGGUCCACAGGCUCUCUUGAUGGCGACAACAGCGAGCGGAAGGUUCUGUUCUCCGACUCCUCGAUGGACAGUUCCGCGUCCUUCGACAGGAAACUCUACAAGAGUGGGGAGAAAAGCCUGUCUGCCUUCAAACUGUCCAAGAGGGAGUCGCUCAAGGAGAAGAAGAAGAGCUACCGCAGCCAGAAGAAGGAGGUUGCGCGGGAGAUCAUGAACUCGGCGUCGGACCAGUCCAUCGUCCUGAUGGCGGACUGGCUCAAGGUGCGCGGCACGCUCAAGGGCUGGAGCAAGCUGUGGUGUGUCUGCAAGCCCUCCAUGCUCGUCAUCUACAAGAGCGAGAAGAUGAAGGUACGAAUGUACGCGUGUGGUGGGGGAACGUUUGGGUGCGAGAAGAUGAAGGGCCCCAAAGGGGAGACCAUCGGUGCUUUUGUUCAGCCUCUUCCAAUGUCAUAUGCAAUCUUCAGAGCUCCCUCAGAGAAUCAAGGCAAGUGCUGGAUGGACGGCCUGGAGUUGGCUCUCCGCUGCACCAGCCUGAUCAAACGCACCACGUCGCGCGCACAGGACCUGUCAGACAGCGAGCUACACGCCGCGCUGCACACGGCCACCCAGGGGGGUCCCCUCUCGGCUGAGCUGGGUCUGAGCGCGCCCGACGACCCCGAGGCAGAGGAACAGAUGGAGGAGUCGGAGGUCAUCGUGGACCACGAGAGUGAUGAUGACGAUCACUCGAGCAUGGGACUGAGUGAGUCGGAUUUUGAGCUGGCUGAUGGUGAGGGCAAGCAGCAGGACGUGCCGCGAGUGGAAGAAACUCUGUAUGUGGCGAAUGAGGUGGAGGAGCUGGGGCAGCAAGGCGACGCCUGUCAGACGGAGGAGGUCAACGAUGAGAACAAAAGUCUGAUCUGGACACUGGUCAAACAGGUUCGGCCGGGCAUGGACUUGUCCAAGGUCGUUCUGCCGACCUUCAUCCUGGAGCCGCGCUCCUUCCUGGACAAGCUCACCGACUACUAUUACCACGCCGACAUCUUGUCGCAAGCUGUGCAGCAAGAGACGGCGCUGGAGAGAAUGAAGAUGGUGUUGAAGUGGUACCUGUCUGGAUUCUAUAAGAAACCCAAGGGUCUGAAGAAGCCGUACAACCCUAUCAUCGGGGAGACGUUCCGCUGCUACUGGGUGCACCCGGAGAGUCGCAGUAGGACGUUCUACGUGGCUGAGCAGAUUUCCCAUCACCCCCCAGUCUCUGCCUUCCACGUCACCAACAGACAAGACGGGUUUAACAUCAACGGCUGUAUCCUCGCCAAAUCCAAGUUUUACGGCAACUCUAUCUCGGCUAUUUUGGACGGAGUUGCAACCUUGACCUUCUUAGAACGCGGAGAGGAUUACCUCAUCACCAUGCCCUACGCCCACUGUAAAGGAAUUCUUCUGGGCACGCUGACGAUGGAGAUGGGGGGCAAGGUGUCCAUCGGCUGUCCAAAGACUGGCUACCAUUGUGACCUCGACUUCAAACUGAAGCCAUUCUUCGGCAACGGAGAGGCGGCUAACCGGAUCACGGGACGUAUCCGUAUGGGCACGGAGGUUCUGUGCACGUUCGAGGGACAUUGGGACCAGCAGAUCUACAUCAAGGAGAUCACAAACAGGGAACGCGUUGUCUUCUGGGACCCAUCGGUCGAGGUUCGCUCGAAGCGACUGAUCCGACACACCGUCCCCAUCGACCAUCAACAGGAGAAUGAAUCAGAGAGGUUUGUGGGACGCAUUUUUUGUUGGGUAAAAAUUAAAGCGGGAGAGAGAGAUUCUAUAUAUAUACAAUUUCCCGCCAGCGUUCGCCCAUGGGACCAGAUGACGGACUGCGUCCAGUACGAGAAGGACUUUGUGAUCCAGACCCAGACAGUGCACACCGUGCCCCUCCUGUGGCAGUCCUCCCAGCUGGUGCCACCGCCGCGCAUCAAACAGUACAGCCACGGGAACGUGUCGGAGGACAGCUACUCCUCUGAAAACUCUGACGAUAACACCACCCGGGAGAGAAACACCAACAGAAUGUCGAGCAUAUCCGACUCGGUCACGGCAAAAAGCAGCGCUCACCCAGCUCAAAGUCACCUUCAGCGCAAGGGAAGCUUCGACUCCACCAAGGGAGGCAGCCCGCAGAAACGCCUGGCGCACUCGGAGGCAGAGAACCGCAAGUCGGCCACACCCGAUAGUCUCCGGAGACAAUACACCAUUCCAGGUGCAGCUGGGGUUUUGACCGAGUCAACCAGCGCGGGCCGGAGACCCCACAAAGACCGCAACAGCCCGUCCAAACCGCCAGUCAGCAUCGAGAACGGAACGACGACCGCUACAAACAGCGCACGUAGUUUCCAGGUGCUCCCGCUGAAAGCCUCGGCCGCGUCCCAGCUGGCUCAGGAAGCGGCCGGGCGCGUAGACGCGAAUCUCCGCUGCGUCGCUCAACAACAACAGCAACAUCAUCAGACAACGGUGUCCCGCAGACACUCGCCUCCGUCCAUGUCGGGAGAACUAGGGGAAAACAGACAUGGGGUGGCGUUGUCUUCGUCUGCUGCGGUGGCAUCGUCGUACGACCUUCAGAUGCUGACCAAACUGGCGCAGAGGCAGCAGGAGAUGCAGGCAUCCCUCACGGAACUGGUGGGCCGCGUGGCCAACUUGCAGCAGUUGCAGCAGACGGCGUCUCGGCGGCCGGCCGGGCUGGGGGCGGACGGUUCAUCGUCGUCGUCAGACACGUCUGUGGUGUCCAGGGAGUGGCUGUUGGUCGCCAUGGUACUGGUGUUUCAGACGCUGCUGCAAUGGUACUUCUCCCGAUGAGGGGGCAGCGGUGGUGGUGGUGCUGCGUGCGUGCAAUAGCUGGAGUGGCAGUUCACGCUAACUACUCUAGAACUGUGGCGGUGAUUCACAUCUUGUAGAACUGCAGUGAUUCUCUACUGUUAAACUACCAAAGUGCACUACUGUAAAAUUGCGGUAGUCAACUUCUUUUAACCCUUUCCGUCACAUCUCACCGAUCGGCGAUGUUUACCACCCAUUUUUUUUUUUUAUCCCCAAAAUGCCUUUGCCUUUGAUGGCAAGGGUUUUUACUACAUGAGACUUGUGGUGGCAAAGUGGUUAACCGCAGCUCUACUGCAGAAAUGCGGUAAUGCAGCACUAUGGUACUGCAAAAUUGGGGUAAUGCACUACAGCAGAACUGCGUAUACUGUAAAACUGCGGUAAUACUCAGGAUAUAUAUGCCCUGCAACACACUCAGCUACAAAGAAGUACCAUUUUUUUUUGUACUGCAACACCCCCUCCCCCACCCCCACCCCCUGUGUACCUUCGUUUGUGUGGGUGGGUGGCACAGUGACAAAUGUACCAAGGCUACUACAGUGGACGUAUUUACUGGUUGAAGAGCGUUUGUUAUGCGGAGGUUUUACAGUAUUUCACCCACAUCCUCUUUUCUUUUUUUUUUUCUUUUUUUUUUUCUUUUUUUUUUUUUUUAUAAUGGUCACGUGAUUCGGGACCGUCUUCGUACAUGACUGUCGAAUUCUGUUCCCCGUCCAGUGUUCUUGUGUACUGAUCAUGAAGGACAGAGUUUGUCACCAUCACAGCUUUAUGCCGUCACUGUUUCUGGGAUUUGUGUGGCCUGUUCCUGGGAUUUGUGUGGCCUGUUCCUGGGCUUAGCCUCUGCAAAGUUUUUGUAUCAUGUAGUAGAAGGUAUAGGAAGGAAAAUGGGGGAGAGGGAGGGGGACUA